UCUUUGGAUAGAAAUCGCGAUCCCGACAGUAAUUACGGCGGGAAAUACAAAGAGGAAGCGAAGCAUGCUCGUGGUACAUAGGAAACAUUGACCGUACCUAAUUAGAAAUCUCAAAUAAAUGUCAUGGAAAAAGCAGCAACAUACACUCCAGAGAUCAAUGGAGAACCUGUCAUUAAGAAACACAGACUUAUGAGUAGUGGAUCAUCGCCCCACAGAAAUGGGCUGACCCCAGUCAGACAGAGGCUAGAGCAGCAGAGGAAGAAACUGCUGGAGACCGAGUCCCAGGGUCCCCAGGAGAUCAGCCCCACUCUCCAGAAACUCAGGGACACGCCAGGUCGAGUGAACAAAGACAGACAUACUUUAAUCAGCAAACAUCUUGACACGAAACACAACAUGGAUCGGCUCAGUGUAGGGGGUGGGGUUUCCCUGUGGCCGGAUAUGGAUGACAUGCGCCUCUCUCUGAUAGAGAUCCUGAAACUUGGAGCCAUCUGUUUUCUGCUCUUUUUUGUAGUAAUGAUGGUUUUCUCUAAAUUACAUGGUGAUGUCGUUCAAAAUCUACUGAAGUUUCAUCGCAGACUUGUAGACUUUAACAACAUGCACAAUAUCAAUGUUGCUGCAGCUAGAGACAAAUUUAGAUCUUCAGUCAUAGAAUGGCAUCUUCAACACAAACUGUUAUUAGAUGAAAUCCAUACAUGUUUUGAUGUGAGCAAGUUCCCCAUGACCUAUGUGAUGUACAUUGUGGUGUAUGGCGGGGGAAUGGGGACACUGGUCUACUUCUUGGCUGAUAAUGUGUGGUCCAAGAGUAAGCUCUCUCCCCGCAGAGUCAAACAAUGGACCAGCUUGCUAACUGUGAUUGGAACAUGGACUGUGGCCUUGACCUAUUUACUUGUUCGUUCUUACAUGGUGGAAAUGGCAAUAAAAAACAAUGUUCACCGAAUCACUGAAGUGUUGGGUGAAGCCAUAGCAACGGACCUUGAUCUUGGUGUUUUACAAGCUGUUGUCGAGUACUGGAGAACUCGUUGCCUGGCAACAGGAACUCUAAAGGUUAUGGGACUUCUUGAGGUCAAGGACUUACUGUUUUAUUUACAGUACUACCUUGUUCCCGUGGCUACAAUACUUGGGACACCUGUUGUUAAAUUAGUUGUUUCACUGUAUCAGAUAUAUAAUUUCCAGCCAAAGUUCAAAUCAUAAUAAAUGUAUUGAUAAUGUAUAUACCAUUUAACAUGAUGAUAACAUUACAGUGCUUUCAUUUAUUAAAUUGUAGUAAACAUAUCAAAGUUGGAGUGCUACACUACUUUUAAGUUUUAUGCAAUAAAAGUAUAUGCUUCUUC